CACAUUUGGUUUGCACGCCAGCCCAAAUCUGGUCCAUAUCGCUACUGACUGCUCCGCCGCAACAUGUCUUUCUCUCCACCUUUUACUCGCCAGCCUGCAGCUGAACACUGCGGUAUUUGUGGGGUCAUCAGGCCCUUUACCACAGCGUCCCUUCCCUCUUCGCGCAACCCCAUAAUCUUGCACUCACACUGUCGUCCGCCGUCACUGCUCAGCCACGCGCACGUCAAACGCCCCGUCGCGCCCGCCCGCUAAUCACAUCAACACUGGUGACUGAACAUGCUGUGGCCUGAAUUUGCGAUUCCACGACGUCCGCGGCCACGAUAGCAGAAUACACGUUGAAGAGCUUUGUACUUGGCAGAAACAGUCUAACCAGUGGAUGGGCACAACACCACCCGCGCACAGAUGGAUACCCCUGUCUCCCGCGAUGACUAUCCGUCACGGGGACCGGCAGUGAGGGCUACCUCAGCUGCGACGCUGGUCCUUUGCUCCGUCUUUGUCGUCCUGCGGCUGAUGUCAAGAUUCUUCGUUGUGAAGAAGUCGGGGUGGGACGAUUACACCAUGAUCAUGGCAUGGGUGUUGGCAUUCGGCGCAUCGUUCUCCAUCAUCUUCGGCACCACCAAAGGACUCGGACAACACCAGGACCACAUUCCAGACAACUUUCUGGAGUCGAUGCAGCAGUCUUCAUACGCCUUCUCGGUUCUCUACAACCCAGCACUGAUGGCAACCAAGACUUCGAUCUUGCUCUUCUACCUCAGCCUCUCGGAGACGCAGAAGAUCUUUCGAUGGGCGACUAUCUCGACGCUCGUCGUUGUCAACGCCGGCGGAUUGGCCCUGACUAUCCUCAACAUCGUCCAGUGCCGACCGGUCAGUGCAGCAUGGGCCUCACCUGUACCUGCGAGCGCGCACUGCACCAACAUUGUCACCAUCUAUCUCUCGUCUGCGCCCCUGAACAUCAUCACCGACCUCGCCAUAUUGUUUCUCCCUAUGCCGAUUCUCACUAGCAUGCGACUGCCAAAGAAGCAGAAGAUCAUCCUGGUCAUCACCUUUGGAUUUGGUAUCUUCGUGGCCGUUGUCGAUGUCGUCCGUAUUGCCUACCUACAAGACGCGCAACGAGCCACCCUUGUGGCGGCGCAAGCGGAUCGCGCUGAAAGCGGUACAAACCAGAGGAACACGAGCGACUUCUCGUGGUACGCCUCGCUCUCGUUCAUGUGGAGCACCGUCGAGAUCAAUUUGGGCAUCAUGUGUGGCUGCGUGCCUGCGAUGAAGCCUCUGGUCCGACGCUUCCUCCCCAGCUGGGUCAUCGACCAUACGACAUCGCGCGGCAACUCUGGAACUGCCGCGAGCGAUGAAGCGCAAUUUCAUCCAGAUAUCGUCGAAGUAUCAUGUCGUCGGUCUGAUCAGGAAACACCACCAGACUCGCCCCUGACCAAGCCUCCACCGUCCCUAUCCGCACUACGAGGCAACGAUGAAACCUUGGACAUGAUGGAUUUCCUCACAUCCCCCGGCAUGGACGAACUCCCGCGAAUGAAUCGCACUUCCACCGCGGUCACCAUAGCACCAACCGCGCGCAGCACACGACGUCGGUCGAUGACAUUCUUCGAUUUCGUCGACACCGGCCAGAAGAAGAACAUUACAUUGAGGAGCAAUCGCGAAUCUGUCUAUCCAGUGUUAAUGGUCACCAUCCUCUUCUUCAUAUGGGGCUUCGCUUACGGUUUCCUGGAUGUACUCAAUUCGCGUUUCCAGGAGAUUGCCAACAUGAGCGACUGGCAGACCGUCGGUCAGCACAGUGCUUAUUAUAUCGGCUAUUUCGUAGGGCCCCUGACCUUUGGCCGCAUCGUCUUCCAAGUCUGGGGUUUCAAGGUCUGCUACAUAGUCGGACUCGUCGUGUACGCCUGUGGAGCCCUGGUGUUCUGGCCUUCUGCUGUCCUCACUAACUUUCCGGCCUUCUUAGUAUCGAAUUUCAUCGUUGGAGCUGGCUUGUCGACCUUGGAGCUUGCCGCAAACCCUUUCAUUGCUCUCUGCGGGCCGCCUGAGUUUGCCGAAGUGCGAUUGAACCUGUCACAGGGUAUACAAGCAGUCGGCACCAUCGUCUCACCCCUACUUGCCAAGAAGGUUCUCUUCACUGCCAAUGCUUCCAGCUUGAUUGAUGUCCAAUGGACAUAUCUCGGCAUCUCAUUCUUCAGCAUUGCACUCGCCGUGCUGUACUUCUAUGUGCCGCUACCAGAAGCUACCAAUGAGGAGCUCGAGGCGGCCAGUAGACGCUUGCCCGUUCCUAGGGACACGACUAUCAAGAUUGGUCCAUGGCCUGUCAGGGUCAUCUGGAUUAGUCUUGGAUUUGCAGUCUUCUCUCAAUUGUGCUAUGUAGGUGGACAAGAGUCGACAUCGACUUCUUACUCUGAGUACCUUGCACUGGUGAGGCCGUCAGUAAACGCCGUCAAUCAUCAAGCGGUCGGCCAUACCGCAUUCGCCGUCUCCCGCUUUUUGGCCGCCUUCAUCGACAUUUGGGUCAAGCCACGGUUCAGUCUGCUGGUUUUCUACCUGGGCGCUAUCGCUUUCUGUGCCGCAGCAAUGAACACCACAGGGUCCACCGGCGCUGCUAUGCUGGUCAUGAUUAUGUUCUUCGAAGGCCCCCUAUUCCCACAGAUAUUCGCCCAGGGCAUCCGGGGCAUGGGAAAGCACACCAAAGACGCUUCGGUACUCAUCACAGCCGCAAUCGGUGGCGGCGCCCUCAUCCCACCGAUGGCGUUCGCCGCGCUCAAAAUUCAUGAUGCACGCUAUGCUUUCUGCGUCAUUGUGGCUACCUACUCCGUUGGCGCGCUCUACCCGAUCUGGCUCAAUUCCCUGCCCGUCACAAGACAACUAUCCGAUCCGCGCCGAGACGAGCAGACACGGCGUGAGUCCGAAGCGGAGGAGAAGCGACGCGAGUGCAUGGGCGAUGCCAAGCCACGAAGAUGGAGCAAAGUAAAGAAUCGACUGAGCUUCGGCAACCGCGAGAAGGACCACAUGCCUUCGAUCGAGCACAGGGAGCGGUGCAGCUGGCCCGAGGGCCUCGCGCCAAUCCCCGGCAGCCUCGACAUCGCACCAGAGCGAAGAGAAUCGCAAGCAUUGUCGAUAGAGAGCUCAGACAGUAGCAGCAGCAACUCGAGCAGCAACGCACCAACUCCGCGCGGUGUGCGCGCAUGAUUUACGAUUACGAUUGCUUUGCGUUAGGGGUUAUGGCGUUACGGGAGAUACCACGGGCUGCUCUUCAUGCACAGGCUGUGCAUUGUAUACUACUAGUUUUCGCUUGAGCGACUCUGCAUUGUAUCUCACUGUGACCGGAAUCAGUAACAGAUAUAUUUAACUCAUCAAUAACAGAUAUACUUAACUCAUC